UCACAGGGAGAAGCGCCGCUCCUCUCUCCUCCUUGCCCAUCAUCAUCAUCACGCCUACGCCCCAUCUCCCCCCCUCCCCGCGGCCCCCAAGUGCCCAGUGGCAGCCAAGAAACCGGUUCCCCCGGGCGCCGUCGGGCGGGGGGCGGUCUCUUUCGGAACAACAGGGUUUGCUGGCGGCGGGGUGGGUGCGAAUCCUCCCUCGAUGGAGGCAGCCGCCGCCGCAACUGGGUGGGAGCGCAGGGCGCUUGCGAAUGCCUCGCACGUAACCGUGUUCUUCUUCUGCAGGAAGUUUUCCACGCGUCUUUCAGACUAACCUGGAGGAUCUUUUGGAGAGAGGAGCCUCGGCUGCUUGGCAACUAGGCUUUGAUUGGGCUCCCGCGGCCCCCUCCCCGCCCCGCUCACCCCGCCUUUUGAUCCCCGAGCAUCUCCAGGGACACUUGGCGCUGAGCGCGCGCCCCUCCCCACGCCCGCGGGCCGCCGCGCUUCCCCCUCUACCCCACGCGCCAAAGCGAUGCCUCUAACCCGGCUGAAGAAACGCCCAUCGUAGGGCUAGCGACGCGGGAGGGAGCGUCUGAAGAUGUAGCAGCAGCCUCAGUCAGGGGCUGGCUCGCCGUGGAGGCACCCGAGGCCGACGGAGGACCCCCCACCACCACCAUCCUCCGCGCGCGUCGCCAGAGCCACCAGCCUCCCUGGCCCCUCGUGAUCCGACCCUCUGCGCGACCUUGAAACUUCUACAGGUCGUUAGCAUGGUGGGGACAAAGGCGGCGGAGGAGGACGCGGAUCAUCUAAACCCCCCUGUUUAAAAUGUGCUGGAGGCUGGAGGAAAAAGGCUUUUGGAUUUGGUGACUCCCCGGGAUGUUGACCGGAUCCUCCUAACCACGUUUGUUUGGAAGUCAGUCUCGUUGAUCUCAAGGGGGCUUCCUUCCAAGUAGGUGUGAUGAGGAUUGGAGCCUUUAGGAGAGAGAGGCGUAUUCCCAAGAGGCGUCAGGUGCAACUGUUCAAACUUCAGGAAAGCCUGGAAGUGUGCCUUACAUGAAAGUAUCAGGCAAAGAAGUGAAAGUCGUGAAGGCCCAGCAGGAUGUGAAGCCUAGAGAUGAGCAGUAACUACUGCAACAACGUGUCAGUGAGCAUGAGUGUCAACGAGGUUUCCUCCUUCCCCCUGACUCUGGAACAAAAAACCGGCUUUGCCUUCGUAGGCAUCUUGUGUGUCUUCUUGGGACUUCUGAUUAUCAGAUGCUUCAAAAUCUUAUUAGACCCUUAUAGUAGUAUGCCGUCUUCUACCUGGGAGGAUGAAGUUGAAGGGCUGGACAAGGGGACCUUUGAAUAUGCUCUUGCAUGAAAAACAAACCCCAAAGAGUACCCUGCCUUAAUUCUGAUGUUUUUAAUUUGGGGGUGGGGGGAGGGCAUUUUUCCUAGCUAAGGAGGCAUUUUUAACAGACACCUGUGUUUUGAAGAUAUGGUGGUGGCAUCCUUUUGUUAAAGAUAUCUUUGUUGCCGAUUCAUAAAAUCAUUUUCAUGCA